AUGAAGGGCAAGAAGUUUCUUAGCCUGCGGGACAGGAAUGGCACCCAUCGCAGGAGCAAAUCCUCGGAGCCAGGGCAGAAGAAUCGACCACUUUCGGCCGAAGCUUUCAGGUCGCUUUUCAAGGGCGAUCGAGCACCCACUGACGAGGAAGUGAAGGAAAAGGAGAUAGCCAAGAUCGAAGAUAUUAGGCACCUUCUUGCCGAGUCUAAUAUCACCGACGUAGCUGCGGAACACAUUCGAGACUCUCUGAACAGCAAGUUCGCUGACGGCGAUGUCGACAAAACCGUCGAGUUUAUCCAGAUGCAAUACAAAGCAAUUGCGGGCAAGGUCACGCACUAUAACCCCCAAAUCGAAAUGGUCGGCGCAGAGAAUAGGGGCAAUGUCACAUGCUACCUCGACUCCCUGCUGUUUGCCAUGUUUGCGAAGCUGGACGCCUUCGAAUGCAUGCUGAAGAAUGAGUUCACGGACGAGCCAAGACGCAGACUAGUCACGCUGCUCCGGUUGUGGGUGAACAUGCUCAGGAGCGGAAAGAUGAUAUACGCGGAUAUGACCAAACUGAUCCAAGAUGCGCUGGCCGACUGCGGCUGGAGUGACGCUAAGCUCCUAGAGCAGCAAGAUACCUCCGAAGCCUUCGCUUUCGUCACCGAAACGCUCCAAUUGCCCCUCUUGCAAUUACAAGUCGAUCUCUUUCACCAAGGCAAGAACGACAAGGACGAUCACAAACUAGUCUACGAGAGACUCCUGAAUCUAGCAGUUCCUCCCGACUCCGAAGGCAAGGGGAUCAAGUUAGAAGACUGCUUGGAGGAAUACUUCAACACACAGGUAGAUGUGCUCAGGGACAGCCACGAAGACAAGAAGGAGGCAGAGAGAAUGACACCAAACAAUGCGAACAGCAUACGGAUCGUCACUCAAGAGAAUGAACAAGAGGCGGGCGCGCAAGACACGCUUAGCGCGUCGCCCACACAGCUUUCGCCAGUUCUUGAGCGACGCUGGACAACCUCGCAAACCCCCAAUGGCGCGCCAGUGUCUCCUAGUAGCUCUUCACGGCCGACUCCAAGACACCGUUCAACCAGUGUUAUACAACGCGUGGUACUAGAGGAGAAGGAGAAGGGCAAGGAUGCCGACACAUCUACUACUAUGCUGGAAAAGGCGCGACAAACGAGCUCUACUGUGGUGAAGGCCGUGACGAUUCCAGCUUGGCAAUUCUUCAGAUUGAUUCCGUGGCACGCUGCCGGAAACAAGGAGCCCAAGAACGAUAUGGAGGUCGCUAUGAACUUCAACCAACGACCCGUGGUCGGUAUCUGCUUAAAGCGGUACAUGAUGUCCAACUCUGGCGUUCCACAACGCCAAAACACGUUUAUCGACAUCCCGGACAGUCUUCGGCUUCCGCACUUCAUGCUCGGCGACGAGACGCAUCUUGAAGAAGACCCCAACGGCUUCAGCAUGGAGUAUAAGUUGGUGCUUCAGUCUGUGGUUUGUCAUCGUGGCGAUUCGGUCUAUAGUGGACACUAUGUCUCGUUCGCUAGAGUUGCGCCCAAACUCCUCACCGACAACAGACGACACGAUAAUGACCCCCCUCCCGACUACGAGGAAGCACAAUGGGUCAAAUUCGACGACUUGAACAUCGAAAGCAGGGUGACUUAUGUAGACGACAUCAAGCAAGCACUGAAAGACGAAAUGCCCUACCUCCUGUUCUACCAGAUAGUACCGAUGGUAGAGGUAGCGUCAACCGAAGAGACAGAAACUGAGCCUCCUUCUUACAACGAGUCCAAGGUCAGCAUCAACCUACCGACCACGCCAAAUCCGGUCAACGGCAAUCACUCUGGAAUGUCAUCGUCGAGGAGCGAUUACUUUGAGAAUACCUCGAUAUCCCCACCCAAAGCGCCUAGCAUUCGCUUUUCGUCGGAACUGGAGCGGCCUAGCCGUAUAAGCUUUGGCGAUGACGAGCCAUACCUAGGAUUCAAAGACUCUCGUCGUGGUAGUGUCACCUUCACAGACUCCACACUAGGCACCCCAGCAAUUACUCCGGACGCUAUAUCGCCAGCCGUGACACCGGGAGAAGAGACGACAGCCCAAAGACUCUCGCGGGCCGCGGCUCUGUUCACGGGAAAAAGCAAAAGCAGACCUACGAGUCAAGCAGGAGAGGGCCGCAUCAGUCUUACGAUGACUCGACUCGGCGGGCUCAUGCGACCCAGCAGAGAGCCGCUUCGUGACCCCAACAGCAACCUGAGCAGCAACGCGCUCGCGACGUCCAUCAGUGUCCCUAUCCCUGAUCCAGUGACUGAAGAGGAAUUUGUUGAGAACAUUGAUGCCGAGCCAACGCCUGUUGCAGAAACCGACAGAAAAGACUCCAAGGAGACCAGGGAGAGAAAGUCAUCGGAGUAUCAUCACAGGCAUGUACACAAGCGAGGCAAGUCCAAGAGUCGCUCCACGGAAAAGAAGAAAAACAAGGAUGGGGAGGAGCCGGAGCGAGAAUGCGCAGUGAUGUAA